AUUUUACAAUGGACCGCCUAUUUUCGACACUGGCUGGAAGCUUCCUUGUCACUCCUAAGGAUGGAAAUGGACUGUAUGUGAAAACACGUGCCAUUUCUACACACUCGUUGGAUGGUGCUGGCCGUGACUCGUAUUUGAACUAAGGCGUUACUAGCUAUGUAGUAGUGUGCUGGGGAUAGAAUGCGAUACGAGUUAAAUACACAAGAUCGAUUUGUUUGUGGUCGAGGGCAAUGGCGCCGUGUACAUGUUUGUAAGGACGUCAGCGGGCAAGUUGGUUUACGUAACCGGAAACAUGUGCAGGGAGAGCUGCUUCUCUGAGAGUGAAGAGGAACGCAGUCUGUCAUGGACACACAGCAAGGAACUCAAAGACUCCCUCGUUGAUAUGUACAAAGCUAAUCCUAAAGUCAAUGAGGAGCUGAAACAAAGACUGCCCUCCCCAGUAAGGCACCAACGCUCAGAGACCACGCUGCCACAACUUGGAAGUACUGACUUGGGAGCCAUUUUGGGCACAACAUCAAAUCAACUUGUACUAGAGGUACCUGACAAAGACUGGCCACAAGAGGAAGAGAGUCGGUCAUCCAGAUCUCCAUCACCUCAGGCCCACCACAGGGCUCCAGACACAGGCAGGAGGAUGGAGGAGGAGAGGACCUCCAGCCGGAGCCCAUUCACCCAGGACGGCUACAGGUCAGAGGGUCACAGCCAGGGGUCGAACGGCAGUCCUCCAGUCUACAGAAGACACCUCGUCCCUCCAGACUCCAGCCAAGCUCUACAAUCAAGUAUAAAAGAAGACCAAGGAAACAUUAAAGUUAGCAGUAGUUCCUUUGACUCCAAAAAGCAAAGCCUCGUCCUUGACAAAGAGAAGAAUAUUGCCUUCCUGCUGAAGGAGCUGGAUUCACUCAGAGAGCUCAAUAAGAAGCUCCAGGACAAGUUGGCCGUGAAGGAGAAGGAGUUAGAGAGCAGGCUGGUGGACGCUGAGCUGAUGCAGACUCAACUGGAUGCCCGGGCCUGUGAGAAAGCUGGAGCCCUAGUGGAGGAGAUAUACCAGGCUCAGAGGGAUAGGGACCAGGCAGUGAUGGCCCGGUUGCGUCUGGCAAAUGAAGAGAGGGAUGAGGCCCUGCUCAGGGCCAAGCGACUGCAGCAGGCAGUGGCUGACCUGGAGAAUAUUAACCCUGAGGAAAGCGACGCGGACCUUGAGGAACUGCUGAACAGGGUGAACACUGCAGAUUCAGCGCUGGGGAUUGAGCGGAGCGGGGGGGUGAUCGUGGACCGGCUGCAGAAGGUCCGGGAGAGAAGGAGGAAGAUUACAGCAGAGGAGAUGAAUGCUGUUAUAGAGGAGAGAGAGACAGCACUGGCCAGGUGCAAGAGGCUGGAGCAGGAUCUCCUACAGGCGAGAGAGCAGAGCCAGACUUCAGCAAACAACUUGAGACACCUGACUGCCGAAAACAAUCAAGAGCGUUCUCGGAAGUGUUACCAGGAGGACGUAGAGGCGGUCCAGAGAGAGAGAGACAGGGCCCUGGAGCACAUUCAACGUCUGGAGGAGGAAAUACAAACACUGCGAACGUACCACAGCUUGCACCAAGCCCAGUGUGAGUUACGGGCCACCAGUCAGACAGAGCAAGGGGCCUCAUAUCUCAGUUCUCCAUCCCAGACCCUCCAAACCAAGCCCCUCCAGCCCAGGGAAGCCCCCUCUGGUCUGGUCAGUCCCCCCCACCAGCAGCCCCUCCUGGCUCAGCUCCAGAGAAUGGCCUCAGAGCACCAGAACACCCAGGCCCAGCUACAACACUCCCAAGAGACAGCGAGGGAGGCCAAUGAGAAAGUACAGAAGUUGGAGCGGCUGGUGGAGGUGCUGAGGAAGAAGGUGGGGACAGGCAGCGUCCGGACAGUCAUCUGACUGAGACUACGCCGGGGGAAGCAACAGUGAGUCCACUCAGUUCCUGGCUCUGUCCUGAAUGGCACCCUAUUCCUUAUAAAGUGCACUACUUUUGACCCGUGCCCUACACCCCUAUAGGCCAAAAAUAGUGAAGGCAUUAGGGUGCCAUUUGUGAUGCAGCCCCUGUCUGCUCUGCCCGAACUGGAGCAGCCUGAGCGACUGUCCAGUCGAACGGCCACAUCUGGUGUCCAGGCUGCCUCCCUGCCUGCCCAGACCCGGGCUGUUGUGUUUAACGCUGUGUAAACACACCCAAGCCUUAACUGGGCAAACAGUUGUAAGAAGUGCAGCACUCCAAAGCCUCAUUCCAGGCUGGGCUCAAACUGAAUCGUAAACUGUUUAACCACUUGGGUUGUUGGUUUGUUGCUGCCCACUCUCUUUUUCCCUCUUUCUUUCUUAAAUUCUACAUUUUACCUUACUAAAAAUCAUGUUACAUUUGUUUUGUCAUCAACUAAAUUGUGUGUUGCUGUUUGUGUUGCUGCCUAUCUCUGUUACAAGGGAGAUGCCUAUGUGCCUUACUUUUAUUGAUAAAAUAUGUAUUCUCUUUGAUAUCCCAGAUCAAUACAGUGUCCUGACAUACACAGUAUUUCAUUGAAAAGGUUAGUGCUGUAUUGUAAAGGUUGCUGGUGCUGCCUGGAUUCGGCGUCGAUGCUGCCGCGGGCCAAAAUAAUGUGAUUUAUAUAGUCAACUCCAUGAUGCUCUCAAAUCAAAUCAGUCAUGGAAUUUGUGAUUUGAAGAACGUCACCUAUCAACUUCCUGUAUUCUUGCAUCUGUUGUAUUAUAAAGUUAGUAUUGCUGUGAUAGUUUAUGGGCAUUUUAUGGUGUGAGUAUUGUAUGAAAUAAAACAUAUAAACAACUG